GGUCAAUUCAAAGUUUCGAAUUUGCUCUAUCUGAUUUCAUUUACUUGGAGUUGGUGCAUUGUUCUGUCUGAAGAAGAUGGCGUCAUUGUUUCCGGAUGAGAUUCUAGAAAAUAUUCUUUGUCGGUUGCCUGUUAAGUCUCUGCUCCGUUUAAGGUGCGUUUCUAAAUCUUGGCUUUCUCUAAUUAGUAGCCCUCGUUUCGUCAAAUUGCAUCUGAACAGAUCAGUCCAAACCAAGAGCAACCUUAGCCUAUACAUUACAGACGCUCGGGUUCUCUCUCGGUGGAAUUUGUAUUCCCUCGACCACGACCACGACCACGUUCGUCGACCGACGGAGAUCGUUAAACAUCCGUUGAGGUGUCGGAAACAUAUAAUUCAAAAUUGGGGCUCUUGUAACGGAUUGAUCUGUUUGUCAAAUUUUGAUAACACUGUCUGUUUAUGGAAUCCAUCAACAAAAAAAUCUAUAAAACUGCCUUACUCGUCCAGCAAACGCUACUCGUCCAGCAACCGCUAUGUUGUUGAUCGAUCUUAUGGAUUUUGUUACGAUAUCACCAAUGACGAUUACAGAGUGGUGAGAAUUAGUUUGUUUGUUGGAGAAAUCAUUGAUUACGAGAUUAAGAUUUACAGUUUGAGAUCAAAUUCAUGGCAUAUGUCAGAGAAGUUUCAUCACUUUCCAAAUUUAUAUAAAGAAAAAGCCAUAGCUUGUGGAGCUCUGCACUGGACUUCAGGUGCCGAAAAAGAGGAAUGUUGGAUUGUCGCCUUUGAUCUCGUGACAGAGAAGUACCGAGUAAUUUCACAGCCUGAGUACAGUGGUCCUCCUUGCCAUAUAAGUUUGUAUAAUUUUGAAGGAUGCUUAUCAUUAUCUUGUUAUUGCUACUCAAAUGUUGUGGAUGUUUGGUUGCUAAAUGAAUAUGGAGAAAAAAAUGAAUAUUGGUCAAAAUUGAUUUCAUUGUCGCCAACAGAACUUUGGGACCAUCCAUGUUUCUCUGUGAAACCUGUGGCUUAUUCAAAAAGUGGUAAGAAAGUACUGCUGAAGAUAGAUUGUAGUAAGCUUGUUUGGUAUAACUUAGAACAUGAGUCAGUUGAAGAUAUUAUGUUACAAGAUUUGAAACCUUAUUCUCAAAUCUACUCUUACUCGGAAAGUUUAGUCUCCGUCAGCUGAAGCUGUAGCCAAUGCUAAGAAGAAUUCGAGAAGAAUAGCGAAA